AUGGCAGUCAUACUCAUCGUAGGAGCUACUCGUGGCUUGGGUGCCAGCCUCACCAAGAAAUACGCCGAAAAGAGCGAAAACAUCGUCUAUGGUACAACCAGAUCAUCCGAGGGUCCGAAAGAUUCACCCUCAGGAGUCAAAUGGCUUUCCGAUAUCGACCUCAUGCAAUCUAACGCUGGUCAGAAGCUGGCCAGUCUGCUAGACCCAGCUCAGCCAAUCGACUCGGUGACUGAGGGACAAGGAAAGAUCAUCACAGCCGGUUACUUCGCUACAGAAGACCUUAGCUUGGACAAAGGUCCGAAGUGGGAGGAAGAGCAGCGGAUGUAUACGACCAGCUCCAUUGCCCCCGUCUUUAUCGUUCACCAGCUCAUCCACAAAGGUCUCUUGCACAAGGGUUCCAAAGUGGUGCUUGUAUCGUCCGAAUCUGGCAGCAUCACUCUGCGACAUCCAAAGGAAGGGGGUGGGAACUACGCUCAUCACGCAAGUAAGGCGGCUCUCAACAUGGUUGGUAAGCUGCUUAGCUUGGAUCUUAAAGACCAGGGCGUCAUUGUCAGCAUCGUGCACCCAGGCUUUAUGCGGACUGAAAUGACAAAAGGCGUAGGGUUCGACAAGUUCUGGGAUGAUGGUGGAGACAAGGCGGCGGCGAGCCUCAUCAACUGGAUUGACAGUCUUGAUAUUAGCAAAACAGGUGAAUACUGGGCACCGCGAGGACCUCGUAAGUAG